AUGGAGCAGCAGCUGGAGCUGGCGGCUUUGGUUCUGGGCCUCACCGGGUGGCUCUGUGCCAUUCUGACGCACUGCCUCGCUCUGUGGUACGUCAGCGGCACCCUGGACAACACCACAGCCACUCUGCCUGUCUACUGGGACGGGGUGUGGCUGGAAUGGGACCACUGGGACUUCGGCCAUGAUGGGAGCCUGCACUGCUCCUUCUACAAGUCCCUCAUGUCUCUGUCUGGGAGCUUUCGUACGUGGAGAGCGCUCAUCAUGGCUGCCAUCGGAGCCGGGGCCUUGGCUGUGGUGACGGGUACAGUCGGGGCCGUGUUCUUCCCCAAGAGGGGCCAGAUCAAGGUGCUUUCUGGUGCUCUCUUUGUGCUGUGUGCGAUCCUGCUGCUGGUUCCCGUGGCGUGGACGUGCCAUCACACCAGUCAGCCACUGGAGAGCGUCGUUCUUCUGCGGCGAACCUGGGGUCCGGCGCUGUACCUCGACUGGACCUCCUUUGCCCUGAUGCUGAUCGUGGGCACAUUUCUCACCUCCAGAUACCCUAGGUUUCAGAGGGAAGUGCAGAAGUGUGAACUACAUCAACAGGACAACCUUCACACAGCCAGCAUGAGCUCUGAUCACAACCCCUCUGAUGUGGAACUCAAGAACUGGAUUAUUUAA